AUGUACGGUCGAUUUAGAGUAAGCUUGGAAGCGUCGGAGACGCCUUCUGUUUUCUCACGAAGUGCAAGCAGUACUUCUUUGUCUUCAGUUGAUACUGAAGCUCGUCUGCGUCACCAGUGGGUCUUCUUGACCUACUCGCAGUGUUCCAUCGAAUCGAAAGAUGAGUUCGAAGAGGGUUUUGGCGAAAUGCUAAAACGGAACGAUUUGCCCAUGGCGACAUACUAUGGUUGUCGCGAAAGUCAUAAAACCGAAGGUAUUCAUUACCAUGUUCUGUUGAACUUUGGUAGACAACCAAACUGGUCGUUCAAGUAUGCGCGGAACGUUCUCCCUGUGGAAGGCAACGAGUGUGAAUCGUUGCACAUUGGUACGCCUCGGCCGAGGCAAAAGUUAUCUCAAUACGUUGAGAAUCACGUGAAUUAUUGUGAGAAGGAGAAGGGCGGCGAUUGUUUCGGAGAGCGCCCGGUGUUUUCUGUCGAGAAACAACAGGAGCGGAAGCGCAAAUGGGAGGAAAUUGGUUCUCAACCAACUGCGCCAGCAAAGCUAGCGAAGCUUACGGAAGAGUUGCUUGACGUUGUUUUACGAAUUGUGUCAGAGACGCAAAAGGCGAACGGUGUUGAAUGA